AUGGAGUCAGUGGGUUCAUGGGAAGAGACGGUGAGAAAGGCAGAGAAGCUGGUGGAGGAAGCCAUGAAAGACAAUGAUGCAUCCCACGACGCAGCUCACGUCAGGAGGGUCAGAGACCUCGCUCUCUCUCUUGCCCGUGAAGAACAAGGCCUCUCCCUCCCCUCCUCCAAUUCCAACACCAUGCAAAUUGUCGAACUUGCUGCACUUCUCCAUGAUAUAGGUGAUUAUAAGUAUUUGAGAGAUCCCUCAGAGGAAAAAAUUGUCGAAAACUUUCUUGACGAGGAGGGCAUAGAAGAGAGUUCCAAAAUGAAGAUUUUAAGGAUCAUUAAGGGAAUGGGUUUCAAAGAUGAGCUGGCAGGGUCGGCAAAAAAUGAUCUUCCUCCAGAAUUUGGGGUUGUACAAGAUGCUGACCGUCUCGAUGCAAUUGGUGCUAUUGGAAUUGCUCGUUGCUUUACUUUUGGUGGAAGUAGAAACAGAGUGCUUCAUGAUCCUAACAUUCAGCCACAAUCUGAUUUAUCUAACGAAAAGUACGUGAACAAUGAUGAGCAGACUACUGUAAAUCACUUUCAUGAGAAGCUUCUUAAGCUAAAGGCAUUGAUGAAAACAAAGGCUGGGAAAAAGAGAGCUGAGAGAAGGCACAAGUUCAUGGAGGAGUUUCUUGCGGAAUUCUAUGAAGAGUGGGAUGGGAGAGCUUGA